AUGGAAGACGAUUUGCACGUUCAGAUCGGGGAUCCUCUGCCCCUAUUUGGGGUUCCGUAUGCUGUCGAGGAGAACAUAGAUGCUGCGGGAUCUGAUACCACUACAGCUUGCCCGAUACACUCUCAACAUCAUGUCCAUGCCGGUACAAUUGUAGUCGCGCGAAUCACAGCAUGCGGUGCAGUCGUGGUGGGGCAGACGAAUCUUGGCCAGUUCGCUACCGGGUUGGUGGGUACGCGCUCGCCAUGUCAGUUCAUCAGAAACUCUCUCGAUUCUGGCCUUCACCCUGGAGGACGCCGGAUUCAACUUCCAGCUCGCCUGGAGGGAGACAGUACAGAAGCCUACUCUCGGCAAUGUCCUUAA